CGCCCCGGGAGCCGACCGCCGAGCCCGCGGCCAGGGCGGCGCAGACCGGCCCAGCGACUCUCCGGCUGCGCAGGGACGCGUCGGCGCGCCCGGCCCACGACCACCCGGCUCGGCCACACGAGGUCUCCACCCUCUUUUCAGGCCCCUCUCCUGCCCGCUCUGAUCAUCAGCCUCACCGGGACUUCUAGGAGGGAGAAGCAACAGAUUCCCUCAUCCUGAAUACGGGGAACAGCGCCCUGAUAGUCAAGGGUUCGCCUCAGCUCUGCCGUCUUGGUGGAGAGAAAGGGCCUGAGAAGGGUCCCCCCUCCAGCCCAGCCUGCCAUCUUCCCUGGCCCCAGACGGGCAUGGACCAACAGUUGUGAGCAACCAAAUCUGAUGCCCGGCCCCCAGGGGGGCACAGGAGCCCCCACCAUGAGCCUGGGCAAGCUGUCUCCUGUGGGCUGGGUGUCCAGUUCCCACGGAAAGAGGCGGCUGACAGCGGACAUGAUCAGCCCCCCACUUGGGGACUUCCGUCACACCAUGCACGUGGGCCGUGGCGGGGAUGUCUUCGGUGAUACCUCCUUCCUCAGCAACCAUGGAGGCCGCUCAGGAAACACCCACCGCUCGCCCCGCAGUUUCCUGGCUAGGAAACUCCAGCAGGUGCGCAGAGCCGGGGUCCCACCUCGAAGAAUGGCUUCUCCGACUGCGCCCUCACCCGCUCCACCCGCCAUCUCACCCAUCAUCAAGAAUGCCAUCUCCCUGCCCCAGCUCAACCAGGCCACCUACGACAGCCUGGUGGUGGGCAAACUCAGCUUUGACAGCAGUCCUGCCAGCUCCACGGACGGCCGUUCCGGUUAUGGCCUGGAUUCUGGGUUCUGCACCAUCUCGAGACUGCCACGUGUGGAAAAGCACGGCAACCGUGACCACGACCAUGACCACGCUCCAGACCGGGAGCAGAGUUCUUUCCUCUCUGAGCCUAACCCUAACCCCGAGCUUCGACGCUCCGACUCGCUCUUGUCCUUCCGUUUCGACCUUGACCUUGGGCCCUCACUCCUCAGUGAGCUGCUAGGGGUCAUGAGCCUUUCAGAAGCCCAGGCAGCUGAGACCCCCGCCCCUACAGCCAGCUCUCCUCCCCCUGCAGCAACCCUUCCUGUCCCUGCAGCAACCCCCCCUGCCCCUGCAGCAAACCCCCCUGCCCAUGCCAUAACCACCCCAGACACUGUGACAAGCCCGCCAUCCCGUGGACAUUUUCCCAACGGGGUGACUGCUGUGCUGGGCCCUGUAUCUGAGGUCAAGCCCAGUCCUGUGGGAGAGGGUCCCCAGGUGCCCCCCAACGUGGCAUUUGGCAGGCGUGGAGACAGCUGGGGGGCCAGCCGGGCCAGCCGCCACUACACUGAGAUGGAUGCCCGGCGGGAGCUGGCGGGGGUGCUACCCCAAGUCCACGGCUCAUGGGAGAGCCUGAAUGAAGACUGGAGUGGCGCUCCGGCCAGCGGCAGGACCCCUGUGCCCAGCACGGUGCAGAUCAAUGCCUUCGAAUUCGCUGACGCUGAGGAGGAGGAUGAGGUCAAGGUGUGAGGAACCAGGCCUGGGCUUCAGGUCCUGCCAGCCUCAGGACUUAGAGAGCAGAGGGGUCUGAGUUCGCCCACACCUCUCGAAACAACUACAUUCUGCUUGCGCGGGCGGCUGCCCCGUCCCCAAGUCCUCCUAUGUGAGGCAGAAGCAUGGGUGAAGGGUCCCUGCUGACCUCACCCAGCUCCCUCCAUGGCCUCUAGGCCCUCUAGCUCUUCAGUCACACCCUAUGCCACCCCCCACCCCACCCCCGUGGCCUCACAGUGUGGCCUUUGUGCCCCAAGGAUGCUUCCCUGGUGGGGGUGGGGCAACACAGGGCCAUUGUCUAUGCGUGGGACUGCCAGCCCCUGCUCACUUAAGAGCCGCCCCAGAAGGCCACCACUGUGUUCUCCACAGUCCCAUUGCCGGCUCCUCUUAGUUCCCAGAGGAAGGUCAGGCGUGACCUUGCCGGUAGACUCCAUCUCAUGCGCACCCCAAACCCGCCUCUUGGGCCUGACAGUAAAAGCUUUUCUGUUAAGGGCUAUCUGUCCAGGCAGCCAAGAAACAGGCCUCAACCCGCGCUGAGGUGUGCGGACCCCUCCUGGGAGUCUGGAGAGUUGAGGACCCCCUUCCACCAUACACCCUGCCCCCCCCCCCCCCCAGCAAGGAGAGGGGGACCAGACGAGGUAAUGAGUGACCAGCCUGGAAUGUUCAAACGAUAAGAGGCCCAGGUGGGACCCUUAUCUGCAGUUCCUGGAACACCCUGGCCCCAGGUGCCUGGAACCAGUAUCUGCCCCAUAAUGCCAUGGGGCAGCUUGGCAGGUGCUCAGAUCACCGGGAGGGAGACACCUCCCAGCCUCUCCUCUUGGCAGUACCGUACCCUGUGCCUCAGUUUCCUCCCUGGCAUCACGGACUGGGGAGCAUUAACAUGCAUGGACAGUGCUAACAGUUCUCGCUGUGGAAAUAAUAAAUGUGGAUUCUUUUA